ACCGUUCGGUAACGUCAGUCUUUCCUGUAUCGCAGAGCUCACAACAUAGCGUGGAUCUGUCCGUUCACCUAAUCGGAAUGGACGCUGUGUCGGUUCUACUAGCAACUCUCGCGGUUGUGGCGGCAGUCGUCUAUUAUUACGCCUUCAAGGGCUUGAACUAUUUCAAAAAUCAUGGCAUCGACCACAUCAAGCCGACGCCAUUCCUCGGAAACAUGGGGCUGUUCGUUUUCCGGAAGAAACCGAUGGCGGACGUACUGAAGAGGACCUACUACCACAACCCUGACGCCAAGUACGUCGGCUUCUAUGAAUUCUCCAUGCCGAUUAUCGUGCUCCGAGACAUUGACCUGAUCAAGAGUGUCGCGAUCAAGAACCUGGAAUCGUUCGCCGAACAUCGACCUUUCAUAUCGACGGAACUGAAUCCGCUGUUCGAAGACAUGCUGUUCGUCUUGGGCAAUAACGAAUGGAAGGACGUGAGGGCCCAACUGUCGCCCAUAUUCACGUCGAGCAAGAUCAAGGCCAUGUUCAUGCUGAUGACGCAGGUCGCGUCGCGCUUCGCGGACUAUCUGACCAAGCUGCCGGAGAAAGAGCGAAGCGAGUUGGAGCUGAAGAACGUGAUAACGAAAUACACGAACGACGUGAUCGCCAGCUGCGUGUUCGGCCUUGAUGUGGAUACGAUCAAAGACCCGGACAACACUCUCUACCUGAAUGGGAAGAAGGCAACGAACUUCAACGGAUUUCUGAUGGGCAUCAAGUUCAUUAUGCAGAGGAACAUGACCUCGAUCGCGAAGUUCUUCAACAUCAGACUCAUCGAAAAGGACAUCGAGGACUACUUCGAGAACACGAUCAAGGAAAACAUGAAGUAUAGGGAGGAGAACGGCUUCUACCGGCCGGAUAUGCUUCAGCAUCUGCUGGACGUCCAGAAGAACAACAAAACCGAGAAACCGUUCAGCACCAGAAGCGUAAUCAGUAACGCUUUCAGCUUCUUCUUCGGUGGAUACGAUAGCGUCGCGAGUCAGGUCGGUUUGAUUAUGCAUAAUUUGCUAGCGAACCCAGAAUGUCUGAGGAGAUUGCAGGAGGAGGUUGACGAGGUUCUUGAGACCACGAAGGGGCAGGUAACUUACGAGGCGAUAAGAGCUAUGGAGUAUAUGGAUGCUGUGGUUAACGAGGCGCUGAGACUUUAUCCGGUAGCUAUUUUCCUAGACAGGCAAUGCUCCAAGGAUUUCGAAUUGCCGCCAGCUGUACCCGGUGGCAAACCGUUCACUGUCAAAAAAGGAAUGAACCUGUGGAUCCCGAAUCACGCGAUACAAACCGAUCCCAAGUACUACGACGAUCCUGAUAAAUUCGAUCCGGACCGAUUCCUUCAGGAUGGUAAAAGGAUCCUGGGCUCCGGGACGUUCAUGCCGUUUGGAAUAGGACCGAGAAUAUGCAUCGGCAUCAGGUUCGCGUUAAUGGAGAUGAAGGUGUUGAUUUUCUAUAUACUGGCUCGCUGCGACCUGAAGACUUGUUCGAAAACUCAGAUACCUUUGAAACUGUCUGUAAACGUGCUCGCUAAUGUUGGGCAAGAUGGAUACUGGAUGAAUGUUCAGCCCCGAAAGAAUUGUAAUCAAUACAUUGAUAAUCUGAUACCUAAUGGUACGUGUAAUGCAGAUUCUCUUGCAGCCGUGGCGGUGGUAGUCUACUAUUACGCCUACAGAGGCUUGAACUAUUUCAAGAAACAUGGCAUUGACCAUAUCAAGCCGACGCCAUUCCUCGGAAACAUGGGGCAGUUCGUUUUCCGGAAGAAACCGAUGGCGGACGUACUAAAGAGGACCUACUACCAUAACCCUGACGCCAAGUACGUCGGCUUCUAUGAAUUCUCCGUACCAAUUAUUGUGUUGCGGGAUGUGGAACUCAUCAAGAAUGUCGCGAUUAAGAACGUGGACUCGUUCGCCGAACAUCGAGAUUUCAUACCAGCGGAACUGAAUCCACUGUUUGAAAAGAUGCUGUUCGUCUUGGGCGGCAACGAAUGGAAGGACGUAAGGGCUCAACUGACACCCAUAUUCACAUCCAGCAAGAUCAAGGCUAUGUUUAUGCUGAUGACGCAGGUCGCGUCGCGUUUCGCGGACUAUCUGACCAAGCUGCCGGAAGAAGAGCGAAGCGAACUGGAGUUCAAGAACGUGAUGACGAAGUACACGAACGACGUGAUCGCCAGCUGCGUGUUCGGCCUUGACGUCGAUACCUUCAAAGAUCCGGACAACGCUCUCUACGCCAACGGGAAGAAGGCAACGAGCUUCAACGGAUUCCUGCCAGGCAUCAAGUUCAUGAUACAGAGGAACAUGACCUCGAUCUCGAAGUUGCUUAACAUCAAGCUCAUUGGAAAGGACGUCGAGGACUUCUUUGGGAACACAAUCAAGGAAAACAUGAAGUACAGGGAGGAGAACGGCAUCUACCGGCCGGAUAUGCUUCAGCAUCUGCUUGACAUCCAGAAGAACAACAAAACCGAGAAGCCGUUCAGUGACAGAAGCGUGAUCAGCAACGCCUUCAGCUUCUACUUCGGCGGAUACGAUAGUGUCUCGAGUCAAGCCAGUAUGGUUAUGUAUAAUUUACUAGCGAACCCAGAAUGUCUGAAGAGAUUGCAGGAGGAGGUUGAUGAGGUUCUUGAGAACACGAAGGGACAGAUAACUUACGAGGCCAUAUCAGGUAUGGAGUACAUGGAUGCCGUGGUGAACGAGGCGCUGAGGCUUUAUCCGGCAGUUAUUUUUCUGGACAGGCAGUGCUCGAAGGAUUUCGAAUUGCCGCCAGCUGUACCCGGUGGCAAACCGUUCACUGUCAAGAAGGGAACGAACUUGUGGAUCCCGGUUCACGCGAUUCAAACCGACCCCAAGUACUACGACAAUCCUGACCAGUUUGACCCGGACCGAUUCCUUCAGGAUGGUAAAAGGAUCCUGGGUUCCGGGACAUACAUGCCGUUCGGAAUAGGGCCCAGAAUAUGUAUCGGAAUCAGAUUCGCGACGAUUGAGAUGAAGGUCAUGAUUUUCUAUAUACUGGCUCGCUGCGACCUGAAGAAUUGCUCGAAAACUGAGAUACCUUUGAAAUUGUCUGUAAACGUGCUUGGCAAUGUUGCGCGAGAUGGAUACUGGAUGAAUAUACAGCCUCGAGAAAAUUGCAAUCGUUACGUUGAUAAUCUGAUACCUAAUGGCACAAAAGUGUUCUACAUUUAUUUCUUUCCGACCUCCGACAGAAACUCCAAAACAACAACACAAACGUUGCAACAUGUUGCAACAUCUAAUCAGUCGAUAAAAUCGUCGACGAGAUUUCUGCGAGGACUUCGGCAAAUAAAGAUUGCUCCAGCAGAAUCUACAGGGAUGUGUGGGGGUAUCGAAUCAUAUUAUAAGCCGCUCUGGAAAGUAAGAACUACUUGCGCCUACAGUUCACCGAAGCCAGUCUUUCAUCUGACGAGCUGCUAUCAAUAUCGGUCUGAAAGAGAGAUGGCCGCUGUGACUGUUCUACUAGUUCUUGGAGCUGUGGCGAUAGCCAUCUACUACUACAUCUGCAGGGGCUUAAACUAUUUUAAGAAACAUGGCAUCGAUCAUGUGAAACCGACACCAAUUCUCGGAAACAUGGGACCGUUCGUUUUCCGGCAGAAACCGUUGGCGAACGUAGUCAAGAAGACCUACUACCAUAACCCUGACGCCAAGUACGUCGGCUUCUAUGAAUUCGCCGAGCCCAUCAUCAUGCUGCGCGACGUGGACCUCAUCAAAAGUGUCGCGAUCAAGAACCUGGAGUCGUUCGCGGAACAUCGAGCUUUCUUAUUGCCGGAUCUGAAUCCUCUUAUGGCCGAUAUGUUGUUCGUCUUGGGCGGCAACGAAUGGAAGGACGUGAGGAACCAGUUGACGCCUAUCUUCACUUCCAGCAAGAUCAAGGGCAUGUUUACGCUGAUGACGCAGGUCGCGUCGCGUUUCGCGGACUAUCUGACCAAGCUGCCGGAGAAAGAGCGGUACGAGCUGGAGAUGAAGAACGUGAUGACGAAAUACACGAACGACGUGAUCGCCAGCUGCGUGUUCGGCCUUAAUGUCGACACGAUCAAGGACCCCAAAAACGCUAUCUUCGUACACGGACAGAGGGCAACGAACUUCAACGGUUUUCUGGCAGGCAUCAAGUUCAAUAUACAGAGAAACAUGCCGACGAUAGCGAAAUUCUUCAACAUCAGAAUCGUCGCAAAAGACACCGAGGACUUCUUCGAGAACACGAUUAAGGGCAACCUGAAGUACAGAGAAGAGAACGGUAUCUACCGGGCGGAUAUGCUUCAACAUCUGCUGGACGUGCAGAAGAACAACAAGACCGAGAAACCGUUCAGCACCAAGAGCGUGGUCAGCAACGCUUUCAGUUUCUACUUCGGUGGAUACGACAGCGUCGCUAAUCAGGCCGGUUUGAUUUUGUAUAAUUUGAUAGCGAACCCUGAAUAUCUGGCGAGAUUGCAGGAGGAAGUCGACGAGGUUGUUGAGAGCACGAAGGGACAGGUAACUUACGAGGCCAUAUCAGGUAUGGAGUACAUGGAUGCUGUGGUGAACGAGGCGCUGAGGCUUUAUCCGGUAGCUACUAUUCUAGACAGGCAGUGCUCGAUGGAUUUCGAAUUGCCGCCGGCUGUACCCGGUGGGAAACCGUUCACUGUCAAAAAGGGAGCGAACCUGUGGAUCCCGAAUCACGCGAUACAAACCGAUCCGAAGUACUACGACAAUCCUCUUCAGUUCGAUCCGGACCGAUUUAUUCAAGAUGGUAAAAGGAUUCUGGGCUCCGGGACUUACAUGCCGUUCGGAAUAGGGCCCAGGAUGUGCAUCGGUAACAGAUUCGCCUUGAUAGAGAUGAAGGUGUUGAUUUUCUAUAUACUGGCUAGAUGCGAUCUAAAGGCUUGCUGGAGAACGCAGAUACCGUUGAAAUUGUCUGUGAACGUGUACGGCAAUGUUGCGCAAGAUGGAUACUGGAUGAGUGUUCAGCCCCGAAAGAAUUGUAGUCAGUACGCUGAUAAUCUGAUACCUAAUGGAACGUGUAAUACAGAAUGCCAGUAAGCUGACGCGCUCACCGCUGCGUCUGUCGGUUUUGAUAACCUGUCGAUAUUUUCGCACGAAGUAAAUAAUUAUAUUGUAAAGAAUGCGUUUCUUCUGUCGGCAAGAAUAUUGCACGCUUUAUGUAAUACAAAUGUGGCACGUAAAUGAAUGCAAGCGAUAUGGAAUCGUUUGUAUACUGGUAAUGGUUGUCUUCGGUUGUUUUACUUAUGCGUUUAUUAGAACUCGCCCCUGCAUUUUAAUAAAUCUAUGAGCAAUUCUUGUUUUCCUCCCGUUUUAUUCUCAGUUGAAUACGUGUAUUGGUUAGUGGAAUUGCUAUGCUUUUGAUUUGCUUUUGAGCAUAAUGAACUUUAUAUUUAUCGAAUGAAACGUAUCAAAUAUUUUGAUUCCUCUAUUUUGUUUAUUUUUUUAAUGAAACAAUUUAAUGUAUCUUACUCGUUAGACGUAAAGUUAAUUAUGCCGGAAAAACAAAUCUAAAGUACAGUCCUAUGAUGAUCUCCAAAUUUCAUUCUCCUGCGCUUAUGCAUUAACUGAAGAAUAUUUUUCGAAACUCGGAAAAAUUAACAGAAAGUAUAAUUGAAGUAAUUUUCAAAAAGAUUUGUUAGCGAACGAAUUAUGUGAACAGUUAAAGAUUUCUAUAUCUAUUGCCAUAAUCAAAUGUUUCUUCUUCUUAUGGAGAUAUAUUACGUACAAGAAAAUAACAUCAAUAUUAGAAAUAGGUGUAAAUUUACAUAUAAAAAUAGAUGUUUUUGAAGUAUGAAGAUUUAAGAAGUAUGAUUAAUGUUGUCCGAUAAAAUACACUCACAAAACAGUAAUAUUCGAGUUAGUUUAAACUUCUAUCGUUUAGGCAAUAAUUUAUCAGAAUAAAUGUUACAAUACCGAUCAAGUUGCAUGUAACAUCACCCAGGACACAACACGUAUCCGCUGAACUGUUUCGAAGCACUAUUAUGUUUAGAGGAAGCAAUUGUAGGCGUUGGCAUUCUUUCAAAAACCGGUUUCGGUGGCUGUUACAUCACCGAUUGAUUUACGCGUUCCAGAAAUAUUUCUUUGUCUAGACUCAUUGUUAAUACUCAAGUGUUAUUGUAGACACGUACUAUGUUAAUGUUCAAAGAGGUUAAUAAGAGGAUUAUACAUUAUUCAUAAUGUUCACUGACACGAAUGUAAAUUACAUACUUGGUAUAUAGUGACUCACACGUUCGUUUUCACGCUUGCAAAAUAACAAUCGUGCUGUUAUGCAA